AGCCGACGCAACCCCACUGAAAUAUCUCCCAUCCCGGAAACACCACCUCAUUUCCCUCUUCGACCCGAGCUUCCCCUCCCACCAUUCUUUUCCGACCGUCAUCACGAGGCCCGAAACCAUGCCUUCGUUGGCUCUCUAUCAAACAAGCAUCUCUCCCUUAGCCUUCAGGAAUAAGACCCAAUUCCAUCCCACAAAAACUAAGCUACAGCACCACCACCAUCGCAAUUCUCUAUCAUGGGGUUGCAGAGCUUCGUCAUCUUCUUCUUGGACCAGCGACUUCGACCUCUACGAGAUCCUGGGCGUGGAGAGCUCCUCGGAUCAGUCGCAGAUGUACCGAGCGCUUCAGAAGCGGUGCCAUCCGGACAUCGCCGGGCCGGCGGGACACGACAUGGCCAUCGUUCUCAACGAAAUCUACUCCAUCCUCUCCGAUCCCACUUCACGCUCUGCCUACGAUCAGGAGCAAGCAAAAGUUUCAGAAUUUCGAGGAUACACGGGCAAACCGAUCUAUUCAGCAUGGUUUGGCUCUAAGAAUGAACAACGUGCAGUAUUUGUAGAUGAAGUUAGAUGCGUUGGUUGCCUAAAAUGUGCUUUAUUAGCAAGGAAAACAUUUGCCAUUGAAUCGGCUUAUGGCCGUGCAAGAGUUGUUGCGCAAUGGGCCGAUCCUGAAGAGAAGAUUCUUGAUGCAAUUCAGACAUGCCCUGUAGACUGCAUCUCGAUUGUUGAAAGAUCAAAGCUUGCAGCACUUGAGUAUCUAAUGUCGAAGCAGCCACGAGGCAGUGUAAGAAUGACUGCUGGUAAUACUGUGGGGUUGUGCGUAUCCAAUAUCUUUGCUGAUGUGAGUAAGUUCCAAAGCAAAUUCCAUCAGAUGAAAGACAAAGCUUCAAGGAAAGAGUCCGAGGAGUCCGAUCUCCAAAGGGAGUCCAGAAUUUCGGCUCUUCAAGGCGUAAGAUCAAUCACAAGUUGGUGGUACCAGCAGUUUCCCAGUAAUGCAUCAGCUCGGACAGAAACGAGCCUUAAUCUGACAGUUACUACCAGAAGAACUGCCCCACCCAACACUGAAAGACUCCGAGAGGCUGCUGCCAAGUGCAAGGAGGGAGCAACUGCAGGUGUUGACAGACAGAGUUCAAUAAGCUAUAAACACAAUGAAGAGUACUGGACCCCAAUUCUCAUCCUUCCAUCACCAUCAUCUGGUUCAUCAACCAGUUCCAACAUGCUAAAGCCAGAGCCUCCACCAAGUACUUAUCUGGAGGCCGAAAAGGAGGCAACAAGAGCAUCAGCCAUUGAUAAGAGGAAGGGAAAUCCACUGGAUUUAAGGGCCCCUUUGGCUAUGGCACUGAUCUCAGCAUCAGUAGUAGGAUUUAGAGGUGGAGAAAUGUCAGGAGGUGGCCUUGAAGAACAUAUAGGUGGCACUGCAGUUCUGGAAAUUGUCAACAGCUUUGAGCUGCAAGUUCUAUUGGCAGGUGUUACAUGGUUCGUCAUUGGGAUGAUAAUUGGGAGAAUGGCUGAGGCUCUGAAAAACAAGGGAAGAGGAUAGUGGGAAUACAGUUCAUAUACAGUGAAGCUCUGAUACAUAAAUAUGAUGCCUAAUGGUAGGUCAUGGAAAAAGAGGGCUUCAUAUGCCAUGCAAAUUAACCAUGAUAAACUAGGAGCAAAAGGGUGAAAAAUGGAUCGGAUAAUCCAUCAAAACCAUCUCCUUAUUGAAAUCUAUUUUGAUAUGGAUACAAAAUUUAAUAUCUGACCCAUAUCCGUAUCCAUAUUUGUACCUAUCAAAGAAAAGUGUAUCCAAAUAUAGAUAUCCACAUCAGGAUUUGAUGGCUUAUAAAGUAACUGCAGAUAUCCAAUUUGCAUUCA